AUGGGCACCCAAUUUGAUGAAGCUCUUUUGAGGGAGGAGACCUGUGGCGAUCCAGGCCUACGUUAUGACGCCUACCCUGGGGCAGGCGUGUUACAGUUUCUGGGCACUUCCGAUCAAUCAAAUUUGAAAGAUGAUGUCAAUGACACGCGCAUGGCUUCUGACUACACGUCAUGGGUCGAUCGUGCCAGCCAAUCCGAGGCAGUACGGAAAGAAGAAGAAUUAGGCAAGCAGUAUUGCAAUCCGAUUGGUGGACGCCUCGAUAUCCAAUAA